GGUCCUGGCGUUCAUUUCAUUCCUGUCCUCAUUCCGCACAUUCUUCGCAUCGCUCGCGCCGCGCCGCGCCGCCCGAGCCGAGCCGAGCCUCCGCGGCCCCGCCGCCCGCCGCGGGCGCCCCCCAGCACUUCGCACACUCGCUUCCAGCUCGCGGGGAGUCCGCGCGCCGGGGCCCGGGCCCGGGGCGGCCGCGGCGGGGCGCAGGCCAUGCGCUGACCCCCCAGCGCGCAGCGUCGCCGGAGCGCGGGCAGCUGCCCCGGCGCGCCCUGCCCGUCCCGGGAGCCGGCGAGGCCGGGUUGGCGCUGCCCGGCGCGGGAGUACCGCAGGGAGUACCGGCUGGAGUAGCGCGGGGGCGGCGGCCCAGCGCCCCGAAGUUUGCCGCGCCCGCUCGGGCGGCCGUGGUUUGUUUUCUUGAAAAGGCUCCAGGCUUCGGCUUGGAAAACCCAACCGCCAAAAUUGAGCCCAGCAGCUGGAGCGGCAGCGAGAGCCCUGCCGAAAACAUGGAAAGGAUGAGCGACUCGGCAGAUAAGCCGAUUGACAACGACGCGGAGGGCGUCUGGAGUCCUGAUAUUGAGCAGAGUUUCCAGGAGGCCCUGGCUAUCUAUCCGCCAUGUGGGAGGAGAAAAAUCAUCUUAUCAGACGAAGGCAAAAUGUAUGGUAGAAAUGAAUUGAUAGCCAGAUACAUCAAACUCAGGACGGGAAAGACAAGGACCAGGAAGCAGGUGUCUAGUCAUAUACAGGUCUUAGCAAGAAAGAAAGUUCGAGAAAUUCAAGCCGCCAUUAAGGUGUCUAGUCACAUUCAGGUUCUUGCCAGAAGGAAAUCUCGUGAUUUUCAUUCCAAGCUGAAGGUAACAAGCAUGGAUCAGACUGCCAAGGACAAGGCCCUGCAACACAUGGCUGCCAUGUCAUCAGCCCAGAUCGUAUCGGCUACUGCCAUCCACAACAAGCUGGGGCUGCCUGGGAUUCCACGCCCCACCUUCCCGGGGGGUCCGGGGUUCUGGCCUGGGAUGAUACAGACAGGACAGCCAGGAUCCUCACAAGACGUCAAGCCCUUUGUGCAGCAGGCCUACCCCAUCCAGCCAGCAGUCACAGCCCCCAUUCCAGGGUUUGAGCCUACGUCAGCCCCAGCCCCCUCAGUUCCUGCCUGGCAGGGCCGAUCCAUUGGCACAACCAAGCUUCGCCUGGUGGAAUUCUCGGCUUUCCUUGAACAGCAGAGAGACCCAGACUCGUACAACAAACACCUCUUCGUGCACAUCGGGCAUGCCAACCAUUCUUACAGUGACCCGUUGCUUGAAUCUGUGGACAUUCGUCAGAUAUAUGACAAAUUUCCUGAAAAGAAAGGUGGCUUGAAGGAGCUGUUUGGAAAGGGCCCUCAAAAUGCCUUCUUCCUCGUCAAAUUCUGGGCGGACUUAAACUGCAAUAUCCAAGACGACGCCGGGGCCUUUUACGGUGUGAGCAGUCAGUAUGAGAGUUCUGAAAACAUGACAGUUACCUGCUCCACCAAAGUGUGCUCCUUUGGGAAACAAGUAGUGGAAAAAGUAGAGACGGAGUAUGCGAGGUUCGAGAAUGGUCGAUUCGUGUACCGAAUAAACCGCUCGCCAAUGUGUGAAUAUAUGAUCAACUUCAUCCACAAGCUCAAACACCUACCAGAGAAAUAUAUGAUGAACAGUGUUUUGGAAAACUUCACCAUAUUAUUGGUGGUAACAAACAGGGAUACACAAGAAACUCUGCUCUGCAUGGCCUGUGUAUUUGAAGUCUCGAAUAGUGAACACGGAGCACAGCACCAUAUCUACAGGCUUGUGAAGGACUGAACCUGGUUAUUUAUAUAGAGAGAUAUCUGUAUAUACACACACAUAUGUGCACACACACACUCUCCAUUAUCGAACGACUGACUGUAAACCUCACCGCACAGGGUGCUACCCUGGCCCCCCCCCCCAGGUCCCACCCUGACCUUUCUAAUCCUGUUCGAGUGAACUUAUUUUUUUUUUUUCCAUGUGUUCAUGCUAUCAUUGUAGCUGUGAAGUUGUGAUGCAGUUUUUUGUGUAUUCCUCAGAUCUGCAACCCACAAUUCCUUGGGGAAGGUGAAUCUUACCAGCCUAAGCUAAGCCUCUCUGCAGACCUGUUUCCUGUUGUGGUAGAAAAUACUGAGACAGAGGAUUGGCCACGGGGCAUUGACUGCCUUUAAACAAAUGUAUUUAGUUCUUUUUGUGUUUUUCCAACAUAAAAUUCUUGUUUUAAGAUACAAGUAAAAUUAAUCUUUAAAUGUAAAUGUAAAUUAGUCCAGGAAAACUCAGACUCUCUAGACUUAUCUUUGUAACUAAUUAGGAUGGAAGUUGUUAUGGCAGAAUGUAAUUCACUAAAUUAUUUUUUAAAUGAAAUCUUUCUUUCUUUUUAAAACCAAAUGUUAAACUAUAGCCUUAAGACAUGCUUGGUUGAACUAUCCUAAUGAGACAAAUUUAUACCUUCCCCCAGCCCCCAAGGUUAAAACUAAUACCCUAAUUCAGUAAACUCUUGAAACAGGUGUCACAAAGGAGGAAGACAUCACCCCUCACCCUUAACAUAUAUAGUAUAUUUAAAAAUGUAAAAUUGUAUUGUACUAAUGUGAUAAUUCAUUAUUUAAUGAAAAAGAAAAGAUGGCUCUUUUUGCAAUAAGUAGGUAAUACUGAAACAAGUCUAAGCUUACGAUGUUAAAGUCUUGUGUGUGCAGUUACAUUUUAUAUGGUCAACCAAAUUUUUUACAGAGACGAGUUCACGUUUGAACCACUGAAAUUUAAUAGCAAAUUUUAAAAUUGGCAUGAAUACUGCACUGUGAGUUGCAAAGGAUGCAGAAUCCUGUGGCUGGAAGAAACUUGUCAUCAACCGAGCAAGCAGAAGGCUCAUCAGGCUUGGUGUUUCUGCUCCCCAGAAUGUCACUGUCACAAGCUUCCUGGCCAGCCUGUGGAUAGAUUGUUGCUGGUAACCCAGCGCGCAUAGGAAGUAUCUGUGGCUCUAGCUCUGUGUCCAUGCGCAUGUGGAUAUUCAGCUCUCUGAGCUCCUGUUUCUUGUCAAUUUGCUAGUUGCUCAUUGCUAGUUGCUCAUUGCCUCUCUGCAUUAUAGACAUGGAUGUAUUUUCUCUAAGGGCAUCUUUCCAUAAGCCUCAGUGGCACUUUACACAUAUAUUCAUUCUCUCUCUCU